AGUUUCGUUAAAAAGAACUUUGCGAACAAUACUGUGGCAAAACGUUGUAAAACAAGAUUUCAGGAGCUCCAAAGUUCUCAUUGGCUGGACCGGUCCGUCUAAAGUUUCCCCAAGCCCACGGCAGCUUUUAUUGGUCGAUUCCUCCUUCCAUCCAUAAUAGGCAACCGCCAAAAUACCCCCAGAUCUAUCGGGCUCCUGCCAGUUAGGGCUUACGGUUGCGUUCCCCCUUGAGUGCCAGAGGAGGUCAUAGUCCCAGCCCCACAAGUGUCUCGAUCUACCACCCCCUGCGAUCCUUCGCUUCAGUAAGGCCAAACUAAUAGAUCGCCACUGUGGCUCCAAUUUAGCUCUUGUGGGUGUGCAGCACAAGAAAUGUGCUGGUGGAGGGUUGGCAGGUUACUGGAAUCAACUAACAUCUUAGCUAUUCUUCCUCCUGCCAUCGGAGUAUUCUACUCCACAUUGGAUUUCCUGCACCACCCCGGUAACAUUCAGGGGCCUUUUACAUCCAUACCUGAGUCACAUCGUUCCUGUCUACAGUCGAACGCUCCACUAUCCAUCCCUGGAGUCUUCGUCAUCAGAAUCAAGUUCUCA